UGAAGUCUUUCCUGCCUUCAUCUUUGCGGGCACGCGUUAGAGGUGAGAGCCUCAAACUGCGUUUCCCAGGAUAGCGAGGUGUCUCCCAGGCUGCUUUGCGAAGGCAUGGCGGGCGAGGUCUGCAUGUCAGCUCGUUACAAAGUAAAUAGGGCAUGUAAAUUCAAGUAAAAGGAAGGCUGGAGGAAGGUGGACGUAACUUUUUUCCGAGACUUUUCGUCUUGAUACUCACCUAACACGCCGUGAAAUGUGAAUCUGGGGAUUUCUGGCAAGGCGUGUGGAUUGCGACCUUUGCUAAUUGUAGCUAGCGUCGUCCCUAAGCGGGAUAGUUUUCUAUAAACAUGAUUUGUACGUUUCUACGAGCUGUACGGUAUACGGAGAAGCUGCGCGGCUCCUCAGGGAAGCGAUUGUUAUUGCCACACUUUGUGCUCAACAAAGCAAGCUUGAGGACUGAGCCCAGCUUGAGAUGGAGGCUGCCAGAGCCGGAGAAAACCCUGCGACUUAGGUCUGUCCUUGGUGUCGCCCAGAAAAACAUCUGGACGCAGGGACCGAACCCCCUGAAAGCGAAGGAGGACAGCAGCAAGCAAGUGUCUGUGCUCGGAAGUCAGAGAGGGGAAGCCGCCGUUUCAACGUCUCAGAAAGUGAAAGAAGCUGGAAGAGAUUUCAGUUACUUAAUAGUGGUGCUCAUUGGAAUCAGCAUUACAGGUGGCUUGUUAUACACGAUUUUCAAAGAACUUUUUUCUUCAUCCAGUCCUAAUAAGAUAUAUGGGAAAGCCUUAGAAAAAUGCAGAACACAUCCUGAGGUGAUCAGUGUCUUCGGUGAGCCUGUGAAAGGCUAUGGGGAAAUGACGAGACGCGGUCGGAGGCAGCACGUCAGUUUUAUUGAAUAUGUGAAAGAUGGGCUGAAACACACGCGUGUGAAAUUCUACAUUGAGGGCUCUGAGCCAGGGAAGCAAGGAACCGUGCACGUAGAAGUGAAAGAGAACCCAGAGAGUGGCAAAUGUGAGUAUCGAUAUAUAUUUGUGGAAGUGGAAUCUUAUCCUAGAAGAACUAUUGUCAUCGAAGAUAAUCGAUCCCAAGGUAGUUAGAAGAGGAAGCGCUUGCUGAGGGGUGUGGAGUGGUACAGAUGCACUGUGAGCUGCACAGCCCCUUCAAGAAUCAGCUCAGAAGAACAAAGCUGGAAAGAAAAGUGAACAUAACAGGAUAUUUGAUGUGCUUAGACAAACCAAAUUAGAGAUUGUCUUGUGAAAAAUUAUGAAAUAGAGCAUAUUUUACAUUAUCUCAUUGAAUUGUUGAUCAUGAUAGUAUUUCUGCUUACUUAUCUUUCAUGAUGAGAAUUUUUUGUUACUGAAAACU